GCGCCGGGACUGAGGAGGAGGCGAGAGUGCGGCCAGCGGCAUGUGUGACCGGAGAGAGAGAGAGCGCCCCCGCGUGAGGGUUUACAAGAAGCUUCACAUGUGGAUGUAAAAAACACCUGACCACCUGGAUUAUCUGCAUCAAGGUUCAAUACUACGAGAGGAUGUCCACCCUAAAACACCAUUCCACAAUACAUGGAGAUGAUUAACCUAUAAAAAGACCAAUACCAGGAGACAAGAUGGUUCAGAAGUACCAGUCACCAGUACGGGUCUACAAAUACCCAUUUGAACUUGUUAUGGCGGCCUACGAGAAACGCUUCCCAACCUGCCCGCUUAUCCCAGUGUUCAUCGGCAGUGACAUCAUGUAUGAUCACAAGAGCGACGAUAGGUCCUUACAUGUGGUGGAGCGGAGCUGUAAGCUCAAUGUGGAUGCCCCUCGGCUGCUCAAAAAGAUUGCCGGGGUGGAUUUCAUUUAUUUUAUCCAGAAAAACACCCUGAACUGGAAGGAUCGGACGCUGCUCAUCGAGGCUCGAAAUGAGACCUUCUCCACACGGGUCCUGGUGAACGAGACCUGCAGCUACUCUGUUCACCCCGACAAUGAGGAGUGGACGUGUUUCGAGCAGUCGGCUUCUCUCGACAUGAAAUCUUUCUUCGGUUUUGAGAGCACAGUGGAAAAGAUUGCAAUGAAGCAGUACACUGCCAACAUUAAGCGGGGAAAGGAGGUCAUUGAACAUUACUUGAAUGAGCUGAUAUCUCAGGGCAUCACUCAUAUCCCACGAUGGAGCCCCGGAGCUUCAGUGGGAUAUCCACGUGUCUCAAGAACGGCGACCAUCGGGCACCUCUGCAGUACAGGAACCCCUGGAGGUGAAGUGGAAGCAUCGUCAGCCCCAUUACAGCUCUGGGGAGAGACUGCGGGGCCCACCCAGGCCCCAGAACAGGACGGUGAUAAACUGGAGGCUGAAUACAUUGAGCGUUAUUUGGGACAUCUCACCCCCAUGCAGGAGAGCACUCUCAUCCACCUACGGCAAUGGCUGCAAGAAACGCACAAGGGCAAGAUCCCCAAAGAUGAACAUAUCCUGCGCUUCCUCCGUGCCCGGGACUUCAACAUGGAAAAGGCCAGAGAGAUGCUCUGCCAGUCUCUGUCCUGGCGCAAGCAGUACCAAGUAGACUGCCUCCUUCAGACAUGGCACCCACCUCCAAUUUUGGAAGAGUACUACUCGGGCUGUUGGCACUACCAUGACAGAGAUGGCCGUCCUCUGUAUAUCCUGCGCCUGGGACAGAUAGACACCAAGGGACUAUUAAAAGCGGUGGGAGAAGAGUCCAUAUUACGUCACGUCCUGUCCAUCAAUGAGGAAGGGCAGAGACGUUGUGAACAGAACACCUACCUGUGCGGCUCGCCCAUCAGGUCUUGGACCUGCCUUGUAGACCUGGAAGGACUGAACAUGAGACAUUUAUGGAGGCCGGGUGUGAAGGCCCUGCUGCGGAUAAUAGAGGUGGUGGAAGCUAACUACCCAGAGACUUUGGGGCGACUGCUGAUAGUUCGGGCCCCCAGGGUCUUCCCCGUUCUUUGGACAUUGAUCAGUCCAUUCAUCAAUGAGAACUCCCGACGCAAGUUCCUGAUUUAUAGCGGCAACAAUUACCAAGGUCCCGGUGGCAUCUCCGAUUAUCUGGACAAGGAGAUCAUCCCUGAUUUUCUUGGCGGAGAGAGCAUGUGUAACAUCCCAGAGGGCGGCCUGGUCCCCAAAUCUCUCUACCAAUCUGAUGACGAUGCAGAGACAUCCGAUCACAUCCGACUAUGGACUGAAACCAUUUACCACUCAGCGUUUAUCUACAAGGGGGCCCCGCACGAGAUAACGGCUGAGAUCCUGGAGGUGGAGUCGGUUAUCACCUGGGACUUCGACGUCCUCCGCGGAGAUGUCUUGUUUAGUCUCUUCCAUUCUAAGCGAGCACCCGAGGUCCACCAGAAGGAUCCUGCGUCCGUCACAACUACCACCACAACCUCCAGCAACAAUGUGCAGCUCCUGGACAAGAACUGGGUCCUGGGGGCGGAUUACAAGAUGGUGGAGGCGCCUCUGGUCUGCAGGGAAGGGGAGAGCAUCCAGGGCUCCCAUGUGACUCGCUGGCCCGGGUUCUACAUCCUCCAGUGGAAGAUGCACAGUCCCUCCUCUGGCUCUAGCAUGGCUCGAGUGGACGACGUCCUGGCCUCGCUGCAGGGAUCCAGUCACAAGUGUAAAGUCAUGUAUUACUUUGAGGUUCUGGCGUCAGAAGACUUCAGGGGCUCCAUGUCCAGCCUGGAGUCCUGCAGCGGCUUCUCCCAGCUUAGCGGAGUCACUAACUCCUCAAAUAAGUCUCACAGCAGCUCUGUGAUCUCCAGAUAACAGUGGAGGAGAUGGCGGACAUACUGAUCUCCUAAGCACUUGGACCAUAUGCCCCAGUCAGGAGACAUUGGUGGCUCCUCUGGAAUGUACCUCCUGAAAACGUGGUGGCACCUCAGCAGAAGAGAACCUACCACCUGCAGAGACAUGUAGGCCUAGCUGAUCCAGUGUUCUCCAUAGAUGAGACCUCACUGACUUCUCCUCGGGGGCCAUGAUUGCUACAUUCAUCUCAACCAAACAGAAGGAACAGGAACCACUAACCCAUGAGCAGCUACAUUGUAUCAGGUGCCACCAGCUUGGACCAGGUGCCACCACCAGACUGGUUUCAGAAACCACAAUAGAGAUGUAGUGUGGGUGUGAUGUUACUACAGGGCUACGACGUGUGACGUGACAGAGGGGGGCCCCGGGCCCCCUACACUACCAGCACUUUUGAACACAUUUGCCUUUAUUAAAUUAUUAACUUUUUUGCUGACUGAGCUCAGGCCAAUAUUUCAUAAUGAAAUAAACUCUAGAUUGUAA